AUGACCGUGUAUGAUGCCCAUCAAAGUGAUUCCGACGAUGACGUGUUUGAAUAUAGCAUGAGCCUAAAGAAAGCGAAGGAAUUGUUAAAAAAUCCGCGUUCUCGUCAAGUUAUUACCCUUGCGAGUUGUGGCAAAAGGGUCGGGGUUUGUGAAGUAGGAGAUCCUAACGGUUUUCCGGUACUUUGGUUUACAGGUAUAUGCCUGCAUUCUUUGACGCACUCCGGAAAUAUGGGUCCCGCGAUGUCCAUCCUGUUAUACCACAAAAUCUCUAAGAGGCAUCACAUUAGAUUGAUUUCGGUCGAUAGACCAGGGUAUAAUGACAGUGAUGACAUUUACUCGCAACCUGGUGUUCCAGACCUGUUCGAAUUUGCAGAUAUGAUAAACGAGUUGACACUAAUAUUAAAAAUGUGGCAGUUCGGUUUCGUGACAUUUUCCUUGGGUGCAGUCUAUGGAUUGGCCUAUUCCCUCAAUUUCCCAGAGAGAAUCAAAGGACCCAUAUUUAUGAUUAGCCCUUGGUUGUCUACCAGCACUCCUGGACACCUGAGAUAUUACAAGAGCAUAGCGAAAUUCGCCCCAAAUUUUCUUAUACGUACAACGCUCAGCACCCUACCGCACAUGAACAAUUUCUUUAAUAUGUGGAGUACAUUAGGAUUCUCAUCACGUUCCACAUCAUCGUCUGUUGAUGAAGAUUCAGAAUUAUCGGAUGAAAAUUUAGGCUAUACCAUUUCAAUGGGUCGAAGUUAUAUACACAAGGAAAUAUAUGCGAAUGGUCUUUGGAAUUUACAAAAUAGGACAGGCGCUCACAUUGAUGCCAUGGUAGCAUUGGAAAAAGUCGAAUGGGAUUUUCGUUAUGAGGAUACCGUUUAUCCGGUCGAAGCUUAUGUAGGCGAUGAAGAUGAUAAUGUGCCAUUACAAGCAUGGUUGCAUAUGAGCAAUAGAAUGAGUAAUGUCAAACUGAAUGUUGUUGAAGGUGGCGGUCAUUACCUAUUGUACAGAAUGGACUUCAUGGAGGACUUAUUUACAAACAUUGAAAAAGUUUUCAACAUAUAA